UUGUUGUGUGUUCUGGGUGUACAGGAAACCAACACUCAGCCGAUUUAAAAAUAAAUAUAGCUAAGUGUUGGUUACAUUUGUUGACAAAUUGUUUAUCAAAGAUGGAGAGCUACAGUGGUGACAACAUCCCUGCAUCGAAAUACAGCUCAGUGAAAUAUUACAAAACGUUACCCUCCGACACUAGACCAACUGAAGAUGGCGAGCAUUCUUCCGAGCAAGCUGGUGGUACUGAGACGAGACCGAGAAGUGGAACUUCGACGCAAUAUAUUCCAAAAGCUGGGGACCACUUCAAUUUUCAGAUACCGAGAAAGAACAAAGAAAAGAGAGCGUUGUUCCAGUAUGUGUCCUCAGAGUCCAGGGAGUUUGAGGACAUCUUGACUAUUCUGUCUUCCAGCUACAUAGAAGCCAGCUCCACCGGGACGUUCACGUACACCAAGCUAAGAAUCGUCCACAGCGAACUGCUGGAGAAGGAUUUUGUAGAGAAAAGGAGGGAGCUGAAGCUGGAUGGGAGGACGGAGAAGGAGCUGGAGGAGACCCACUGUUUCCUGACUGCUGACAUCAUCAAGGUGAAGGACCUAUAG